AAUGAACUAGUCACCCCGGAACUCUGGGGCUCAUAGAACCGAGACCGGGUACACUGCGAGAUCGAUUUACACUUUCCCCACUAAUACAUCCCGAGGGAUGCGACGACGACAGCUCCGGCUGCUUGAAAGUAUCCGUCGCAGCAGUGUACGAUUUUCCAGACAUACAAGUCCCCGCUUUUGCUUUCGCGGGUUUACCAGCGCAUCGCAACUUCUGGGUCUGGGCUGCACGCCAGCAAUACCCACAGCGUCGACGCUAAUGGCACCCCUCAAUGCUGCUUCGCAGGAAGCUAUCGAUCGACUACGCGGUUAUACGCCCCCGCCAACGGCGUAUAGCGAGGUUCCGCUGUCUAGGCGGGCGGCGGUGCUGAUUCUGCUUUAUGCCGAUCUCCAGGGCGACCUAAGAGUCGUGAUUACGAUUCGGGCCAAGACAUUGAAAUCAUACGCAGGAGAAGCUGCUUUACCAGGAGGCAAAGCAGACACCCUAUCAGAAACGGCCUUCCAAACCGCUCGCCGCGAAGCGUGUGAAGAAAUCGGCCUACCCGAUAUCUCUCAGCCACUGCCGCCACCCUUCUCGGUCGAGCAUCUCUGCGAGUUACCGGCGAACCUGGCCAAAACCGAGCUGGUCGUGCGGCCGUGCGUUGCGCUGCUGCACUCGUUUGACCCGGGUACGGGUGCCAAUGCGGAUCCCGAGACUGAGUUGAUUCCUCGACUGGAUGCGCGUGAGGUUGCGGCCGUGUUUACGGCGCGGUUUGACGAUUUUUUGAGCUUGAGGAAUUCGGAGGGAAGGGGGGCAGAUGAUUGGUAUCGGGGCUCUUGGAGUCUGUGGCAUAAUAGUAACUGGAGGAUGCACCAAUUCUUUGUCCGCAGCGCCAACCACGCGAUCAAGCCGCGCAGUCCGGGCAACGAGGCCCAAAAUGCCGCCGUCGACAGGUUGAGCCAACAAGAAUCGUCCGGGCAGGUCCAGCAUUAUCGGGUAUUUGGAAUGACGGCACGGAUUCUCGUGGACGCGGCUCGGGUCGCGUUCGCGCGGGAGCCGGAAUUCGAGCACAACAGCCACUUUGGGGACGAAGAGAUGAUUGCCAAGUUACGGCGAUUGGGCCGGUUGAGCGAGGUACGUCGGCCGGGAGAUGAAUUGACCAGGGAGACGAUGGAGAGGGCGGCCAAAUUGAGUUAGAUGGGGCAGGAUAUCCGAUAUACAGAGUGACUUCGAUGAGUAGAAUUGUCUAUAUUGUCUAUAUUGUCUAUACAGUUAGGUCGUCCAGUACGGAGAGAGUCUAGACUGGACGCGGUCGAUAAGAUAGUCAGCUCAGCCAUGGACGGACAGCUGGGCAGCUGGACUAGGCGGGCCUCAGCCAUGGCCCUAGGGGGAGGGCCAAGGCACCAGAAAGAAUGAGAAACUAGCUUAGGAUCUCUAGAUUGGGUUAGAUUGCAUAAUUCAACCAUGUGGACUUCGACCUGCCAGGGCCAGAAUGAUCAUCCCAUC